AUGAUGCCCUUCUGCAAUGCCAAUCGAUUUGACCGCUUUUUCUGUGACAGCGUGCUUUUGAUCAAGUUGUCCUGGGCAGAAACACAGAUUUUUGAGCUAAUCACCUUCAUACCUUUGUCCAUCAUCCUCCUGGACACAGUGAACGUGACAGCAGUGUCCUACCUGUACAUCAUUAACACCAUACUUAGCUUGUUCUCCAUUCCCUCACAGCACAAAACAUUCUCUACAUGCUCUUCUCACUUCAUCAUUGUCAUCUUGGUCUAUCUGGUCACUACUUUGAUGUGUCCCUUGAUCUUCAGCCCCAGGAACCAGCUGAUGGAAGAUGCUCUCAAGGCAGGCUUGAAGAGAAGGCUGAUGAUCUUCAAGAAACAGUUUCUCACCUGA